AUGGUACGGAAGAUCUUUAGACAACUCAAAAAACAUGAACCUCAAAAUCAUAUCGUUACGGAAACACUGACUACUGAAAAGGGAAAGUUUGUUAUUAUUGACGAACUGACUGACUGGCUUCUGUGAAUAUUACGGAAAAUCUUUAUAUACACUCCAAAAAAACAUGGACCACAAAGUCUUUAGGAGUAAGUGAAGUAAAAACAAACUCUGCCGUAGAUCUUCCUCUUGAAAACUGAGGGAAAUGUAAGUAAAGUUUCUAAUUGAUGAAAAAAUGACUGACUUCAUGAAUGUUACGAAGGAUUUUGCUACACUCCAAAAGCCAUGAACCUCAAAGUCUUCAAGAGGAACCAAAGUACAGAAGAACUCACUCUGACGUAGAUCCUCCUCUUCCUCUUGAAAAUCAGCAUGAGGAAGCAAGUGAAGAGGACGAGGAGGAGGAGGAAGGAGGAGAGAAGGACGACGAUGAACUCAAACAUGGACAGGCCCAAGAUGCUGUUGUUGUCACCGUCAGGAAGGGUCACCACUGAGUCAUCGUCCUCUGUAGUCGUCCAAUAGUCAUCACUUGUAGUCGUGGCGGGGUCAAGAGAGGUCGUGUCUGUGGUGGUGUCGAUGGUGGGGGUUGCUAAGGUUGUGGUGGUGCUAGUUGUUAUUGUAGGGGGUAAAGUUGCAGUUGAUGUAGUGGUGGUGGGUGUCGGUGUUGUAGUGGUGGUGGUGGUGGUGGUGGGUGCAGUAGUAGUGGUAGUUGGUAUUGUAUUAGCGGAGGUGGUAGUGGGUGUGGUAGUGGUGGUGGUGGGUGUAGCAGUAGUGGUGGUAGGUGUAGGAGUAGUGGUGGUGGUGGGUGGAGUAGUAGAAGUGGUGGUGGGUGGAGUAGUAGAAGUGGUGGUAGGUGUAGGAGUAGUGGUGGUGGUGGGUGGAGUAGUAGAAGUGGUGGUGGGUGGAGUAGUAGAAGUGGUGGUGGGUGGAGUAGUAGUCAUGGUGGUGGGUGGAGUAGUAGAAGUGGUGGUGGGUGGAGUAGUAGAAGUGGUGGUGGGUGGAGUAGUAGAAGUGGUGGUGGGUGGAGUAGUAGAAGUGGUGGUGGGUGGAGUAGUAGAAGUGGUGGUGGGUGGAGUAGUAGAAGUGGUGGUGGGUGGAGUAGUGGUGGUGGUGGGUGGAGUAGUAGAAGUGGUGGUGGGUGGAGUAGUGGUGGUGGUGGGUGGAGUAGUAGAAGUGGUGGUAGGUGUAGGAGUAGUCGUGGUGGUGGUGGCGGCGGCGGUCGUCUUCACGAAGUCCCCCGGGAACGCCUCCACGUACUCGAUUCCUACAGACGCUCCGGCCUUGACGGAAGUCGCGCAGAGCUUGACAGUCUCUUCCUGUAGUGGCGAGAGGAACAGUGUUAGAGCCGAGGGCGAUGUGUGUGUGUGUGUGUGUGUGUGUGUGUGUGUGUGUGUGUGUGUGUGUGUGUGUGUGUAUAUAUGUGUGUGUGUGUGUGUGUGUGUGUGUGUUUCUUCACAUUUCUUCUUAUUUUCUGCUUACUUCUCAUAUCUUCCUUCCUUCAUAUAUUUAACUCUGUGCCCGCUACCCUCUACCCUCCCAGCAAACCGCGUGUAGUG